AUGGGAGACUCCUCGAGAAACCAAGACCGUCCGAGCCCUGGCAAGGCGCCUGCAACAGGCGCAGAGCCCGCAGAAGCCAAGGUUGGAGCGCCUCGAAAGCCCUCCAUCGUGGUCUCAGAAGAUCCUCCUAAUAUCGAGGAACAGGAUCCGCCGCUCGACGCCGCUACUGACAGCGAAGACAUUGACGGCGAAGACGAUGACGACUACGACGAUGGCACAGACGGCUACUCUGCCGAGUCCGUGACUGUGCGGAGCAGCAUAUGGGAGCACGAGUACGAGGGCGGGCGAAGGUAUCACCACUAUCGACACGGUCGCUACCCCUUGCCAAACGACGAUAUCGAGCAGGAGCGCGAGUACAUGAAGCAUGUCAUCCACAUGCAGCUCACCGGCGGCAAGCUCUUCAACGCCCCCAUUGCGCCGAAUCCCCAGCGAAUACUCGAUCUCUGCACCGGCACAGGCCUAUGGCCAAUAGAAGGCAAGCCCCCCUGCGUCCAAACACCGUCUUCAGGAGAGGUCUUUGAGCAUGCGUCAAAUGCUAAUGCCGGACGUACAGUCGCAAAAAUGUUCCCCAGCGCAGAAAUCAUCGGCCUCGACCUCAGCCCCAUCCAGCCGCUCAUGGUGCCCCCCAACGUGCGCUUCCUCAUCGACGACGUCGAGGACGAGUGGAUGGACCGCGGCGGCUACGACAUGAUCCACCUGCGCCACUCCUGCAUCUACCUCAAGGACGUGGACAAGCUCAUCGCCAACUGCUACGCGCACCUGAAAGAAGGCGGCUGGCUGGAGAUUACCGAUUACUGCGGCUACAUCCGGUGCGACGACGGGACGAUGCCCGAGGACCAUCCGCCGGCGCAGGUCGCCAUGUUGAUGCAUCGCGCCCUUCGGGGGUACGGCAUGAAUGUCUAUGUCAUCAACGAGCUCCACGACAAGUACAAAGCCGCGGGCUUCAAGAACAUUCAGUGCCGAGUAACAAAAACGCCAAUCGGCGCAUGGCCAAGGGAUCCCGGCCAGCGCGAAAUCGGCAUUCUCUUCAGAGACAUCAUCCACGAACUCGUCGGCGCUCUGGCAGCCAAGCCUCUGAGAACGCUGGGAUGGGACGACACCGAGCUCGAGGUCUAUCUGGCAGCGGCGCGCAGAGGCCUGUGGGAUAGAAAGGUGCAUUGCUAUGCAAACUUUAUAUCCUGGUGGGCCCAGAAAUGA